AUGGAAAAGAAACGAACCUCCCUAGAGCUCUUGCAAGCUGAACUUCCACCAACCCAAGAAGAGCAAGUUGCAGUAAAUCCACCGUUACAAAAACGACAUCUGGGUAGUGCUGAACCACGGAUAAAGCGAGCACGAUUGACACGGCAGAACCUCGCUGAAUUCAACAAGAUGAGCAAAAAGAAUCCAGACCCCAUAAGCGAUUCCAGAUCAACCACGGUCAGGCCUACGUCGACAAUAACGUCAGGAUUUGCCGAUAAAGCUCGUAGGAGCGGAAUCCUCGACCCUCGUAGCUCGAAGCCGCCCAAGAAUCUCAACGAUAUCCGGAAACGUUGGAGACUGCUAAAGGAAUAUAAUGUUGAUGAUGAUUACGACCAAGUAUAUAACCAGGACUGUAAUGGCUUGCCAGAAGACCUCGGAUUCAAGUACGGCUUAUCCACACUCCAGCCUGAUUUCGUUGAAGGGCUCGAAAAAGAAGAAUUCCGCCCUUUCCCGGUUGACGAAUACGUCCCCGGCGCGGCCCUUUACCAAAAUGAUCCCCAUUCCAUAACCUUGCCACAAAUAGCUGGAGAAUGGCCUGGAAAUAUGAGAGAGGCCACAAUACAGAGCGCCUGCAGUGGAGCAGCGAUGGUUUACGCAAGAUCCCAAGCACUCUCUUAUAUGGGAGAAGAGGAUCCCUCAGGUUACGCCUCAGUUACAACAUUUACAACAGAUGGUACGAGCCUCAACCUCUACGCUCAUUAUGCUACCCCAGUAGAGGAUGACGAGAGCAGAGUCGAGUAUCACCAGUAUCUCAUCUCGUCAACCAACCUCACGAGCACCUACCAAGGCCACAAAGAUGGAAGAAGAGGUCUCAGAAAUGCUCAAGACUAUGCAAAUGACCAGUCAGAACAGCUACGAGACCAGUUGAAACAAUACUGGAAGCAGAAUCGUAGUAAGCUCCCAUCAGUCGCCGUAGGAGUUUAUUCACUGGAGGUGGAACCACGACCACACGCAAUGGAAGGAGACGAAGACGCGAGCCCGCACGUGCUAUAA